CGUAAACACUCAAAUCAUAUCAAUAAAAAAGACCACGUCUGUCUCUUCCCCCUGUAUUUCACUGACCCCUUCAUCGUACUCCCUCAAAUCCGUUGCUUCCAUUUUUAAUUACUACUAUUACUUAAUCAAAUUACUUAAUCAAAUCCCACCCUAUUAAAAACCCACCACUCCCAUCUCAAAGCAUCCUCAUCACUACUCCAACCUCGUUUUCUUCACUCCUCGGUUUUCCCAACGUAACCGGUUUUUUUGCUUCUCUUAGUUUCGAACACUAAUCUCCAUUCGUAGCUAGCAUAGAAGAAAUUAAACAAACAAACAAAAAAAUGGGCUCUGAAGUGGAAAGUCCUAUUCCAAACGAAAACCACGAUCCCAACGGUAAUAACGUCAACAACGACGUGACCGUUACAAAAACUCUAACAAUCGUGCAACCUCAUUCGCUUCUCCCGAAGCCAACACCACCAGCUAAACUUAACGGCAAUAACCGAAACGACGCCGUUUCGCGUUUGGCAGUCGGGAAAUUCUUCCGCCAGCGCAGCAACGACUUGUCGUCUGCGAUCUCAAGAGGCAUCUCGUCAAUCAAGCAAUCCAUCGAAAACGACGAGUCGUUUAACAAGAACGACAAGGACUCUAGUGGCGACGUUACGGAGUUCAAUCUGCCGGGAGUCAAGGUGGUUGUGACGGAGAAAAAAGAAAACGACGUGUCGUUUUCGACGAAGGGACGAGUGAUUAGCUUCUUCUCGAGGUCCAACUGCAGGGACUGCAGCGCGGUUAGGAGGUUAUUCAGAGAGAGAGGGUUGAGGUUCGUGGAGAUCAAUGUCGACGUGUACGUGGAGAGAGAGAAGGAGCUGGUGGAUCGGACGGGGAGCAAGACGGUGCCGAAGAUCUUCUUCGACGGGGAACUGAUCGGAGGGUUGGUGGAGCUGAACGUGAUGAUGAGGAGCGGCGACGGAGAAUUGCAGCGGCGGUUGUUGAGGGAGGAGGGAGGGAAAUGUUCCGGUGCUGACGCGCCUGCAGCGCCGGCAUACGGAUUUGAUGAUGACGUGGCAAAAGACGAAGAAGAAGAAGAAGAAGGGGAGAUGGUGAGGGUUGUGAGGGUGAUGAGGCAGAGAUUGCCGAUUCAGGACCGUUGGAUUAAGAUGAAGCUUGUGAGGAACUGUUUCAGUGGGACCGACUUAGUGGACUUUCUCCUUCAUUAUCUUCACUCUUCUCGUCCCAAGGCUGUGGAGAUUGGAAAACAAUUGUGCCAGAAGCACUUCAUACAUCAUGUUUUGGGGGAAAAUGAUUUUGAGGAGGGAAACAACAAUUUCUACAGAUUCCUUGAGCAUGAAGCAUUUAUCACCAAAUGCUUCAAUUUCAGAGGUGCCACAAAUGAUAGUGAACCAAAGGCUGCAGCUGAACUUUGUGACAGGAUUACCAAGAUUAUGUCAGCUAUUCUUGAGUCUUAUGCUUCUGAUGAUAGAAAACAUGUUGAUUAUGUGGCCAUUAGUAAAAGUGAAGAAUUUAGGAGGUAUGUUAACAUGACCCAGGAUCUUCAGAGGGUGGAUCUGUUGGAGCUAUCAGAAAACGAGAAGCUUGCUUUCUUCUUGAAUUUGUAUAAUGCAAUGGUAAUCCAUGCUGUGAUAAGAGUAGGAGUGGGGCAAGAAGGUGCAAUUAACAGGAGAUCCUUCUCUGAUUUCCUGUAUUUGAUUGGAGGACAUCCUUAUUCUCCUAGUACUAUCAAAAAUGGUAUUCUCAGAAGUAACAGAAGGUCACCAUAUUCAUUAGUUAAGCCCUUCAGCACUGGAGACCCUCGGUUAGAGCUUGCUCUUCUGAAAAUGAAUCCGUUAAUUCACUUUGGAAUUUGUAAUGGUACAAAGUCAAGCCCAAAAGUGAGGUUCUUCUCACCCCAUAGAGUUGCAGAAGAACUGAGAGGUGCUGCAAGAGAGUUCUUUGCAAAUGAUGGAAUUGAAGUUAAUUUGGAGAAGAGAACCGUUUAUCUAAGUCCCAUUUUCAAGUGGUAUGGCAUGGAUUUUGGACAAGAGAGAAACAUUCUAAAUUGGAUGAUAAGUUACUUGGAUCCAAAUAAAGCAGGCCUUGUGACACAUCUCUUGAGUGAUGCUGCUUCUGUUAAUAUCUCAUACAAGAAUUAUGAUUGGUCAAUAAAUUCUUGAGUAGUAGUAUUGAACAAAUUUUGAUUCAUCUCCUAUCGCCACCAAAUUCUUGAGAUGUUCAUUGUAAUUUUGAAGGGUGUGUGGGACAACAUGUGUAUAUACAUCUUUUUACAUGAUAAAAAUUUAUUGAUGAUUCAAAUUAAAUCCUUCAAGUAAAAAUAUAAAAAAUAAGAAUUUA